AUGAAUCCAAACGAACGGUUAAAGAACAUUAUAAGAAAUGAGUUCAGUGUUUCGAACACACAAAAGCUGGAGGAAUAUGAGGAAGAGCUUUAUGAUGUUAUUGACAGCCUGAUUCAAGAGUUCUCAAGGAAUGAAAGCUUCAGUUCUUAUUUGGACGAUCUGAUUUUUGAGCAAAGUAAGUUGUUUUGGGUAAUACUGUUAUCUGUGUUUAGAAUUGAAAGCUGCAAAUGCUUUUCUUGCUGGAAGCUCUACGUUGCCAUGUUCAUCUUCACAAUCAUCUGUUUCUGUAGCUUCAACCUCAGCGGCUUCAUCUGUUUUCAAUGUUAAGGAUGAUGGAUUGAACGAGGUUAGAAAGAAAGCUGAGGAUCUUUUCAAAACCGAACAGUCUGUACCUUCUGAAACAGAUUCUGCUUAUUAUGGUUUUACUGGUGAAACGGAGGGAUUGCAAACGGGUGAGGACGUUAGUGAGACGCAGAAGAAAGCUGAAGACCUGUUUAAAGUUGGAGGAACUUCUUGUGAUGUUGUUAGUUCUUCAGUAGAUGAUGUGAAGGAUGAUGGAAAGAUGUCACAUGAAGCAAAGAGUCAGAAAAAAGAUAAAAAUGUUUCUAAAUCUACACUGUCCGCUUCUGACAAUUGUGAGGCCUCUACAUGUUCAAAAAGCGUUAUGAUUGAAGAAAAGAAGAAACCUGAAAGCAAAGCUCAGAAGAAGGCUGAAGAAAUAGUGAAAAAGACUUCGCCAUUCUUAAUUUCUUUUCACUAUGUUUCUAAUGUAAAUGCAGUUUCAAGCAAAAAGCUAGCCAAUAAUGUGACAAAGGGUUGGGUGAUUGUCACAGUGACUCCAAAUGUUGUUGUUAAAGUCAAGGAUUGCGAUGUUUUGACUGUAAGUUUGUUUUCACUUUUUCAUUUAAAGUUUUUUUAUGUAAAUAAAGUUUUUUUCAAUUAUUAUUUGAAAUUUUACAGGAAGGCUAAUAAAUAUGCAGAAUUUUCCCACUAUUAUUAUUUUAUGUAUUUUUAGGUACCAGUUGGAACAGUCGGGAAUUUAUUCAACAUAUUAAAAAACUCGAAACUGGAAAAGAAAACAAAGAACAUUGUUCUGUUUUUGAAUAAUAAUGUUGUCAGCAACAAACUGAAUGGAGGCGUCCGUAGUGUCAUUAACAAGAUUCAGGAGUACCACAAGCAUAUAAGCAGUAGUGCCAAUUUAUAUGUUACAGAAACGGUAAUUCCGAAAUCAGCUCCAAAAGAUGAUCCUUUGUUCUGGUUCAAUUCAUUGGCCGUCUCAGAGUUUACUAAUGGCCUGAAGUCUAUGAAAAUUAUGAAAUUUAUGGAUUCCGAUGAAAAUGUUGAAUAUAGUGAGGAGAAGAUCGCUAGGGCGUUUGUGCUUUCGUUAAUUGAAGUUAGAGGACAGUGGUUAAAGAAGGUAAGGGGUGGUCAAAGCUUUAUUUUUUGGUUCUUAAAAAUGGGUCUAAAAAUGAAAUUUUUUUACUAAUGCUAUACUGGUAAAGUUAUCAAUUCUAAUUACUUUUUACUUACAGAAUGCAAAAAAUCAAAGCAAGGAAGUGAAGGACAAAGAAUUAAAACCAAAAAUGAAGAACGAUAUCACAUCAAAAGUAAAACAAGUAGGAAAUGAACAGAAAGCAUCCAAAGUAAAGCCGGUAUUGAAAGGGAAAGUAGCCAACGUGGAUACCAAGUUGACAAGACGUCAAAAAGCAGGGAUGUGGCAAAAGAUGGCAGAGAAAAACGGAAACACAAUUUUUAUAUGGGCACAGUUACCCAAACCGACCGAAAUUUGGCCAGAAGAAAGCAAAAACUUUGAAUUCAUUCUUAUUGUGGCUGGACAUCAAGCACCGCCGAAGCUAAACGGGGUCUACACUUUAAUGGUACUUUUAUUAAAAUUUCUUUUUUAAAUUAUUAGUUUUAGUUUAACUGUCAUUAUGCGGUUUUUAUACUAAAAAUUGUUAUCGGAGUCAUUUAUAUAUCAGUCUUUCCGGAAAAGUAUGUUACAAAACUGCACAGUGCAGUUUGAAGGAAUCGCUGUCGCGCCGAGAAUUGGGCGACAAGCGACAAGGUCUGCGACAGUCGCUUGCACCCGGCGACAUCCCAAUGGAAAUCGCAAUGUCGCAAGUGCAAAGCUUUGCGACAAACUGUCGUGUCGCGCUUCGAAUGGCGAUGCGACAGUGUGUCGCGGUUGUCGCAACACUCAAGCCACAACUGUGUUCAAUGGAAAAAUUGCGACACGUUUUUUUGACUGUUGCAAGUCAUUGAAUCCUGCGACAACCGACCGGUGCGGCACUGAAGGGAUUGCACUGUGCAAUCUUUCCUCACAUCGUUGGCUGUAUCGGGUGAUCGCGCGGGAAAUCUGCACUGUGCAGCGGAAUAAAAAGGGCGCGAUUUUCUCGGGGACUGCACCGUGCAGCUGUAACAUUCUGUAGUGGAAAGACUGAUAGUAAACAUCUAAUUUCAGUUCCCUUACCUGCCUCUACCCGACUUUUUGUUUUAUGUGACAUUAAUGAUCAGUCAGAGAAAACGAAAGUCCCACUACAUUAUAGCACCAAACCCACAAUGGUACUUUGGCGACAAGAUGGCUGACAAUAACUGGAUAAGCACUUUAAUAUUGAGGUUAUCUCAACUGUACAACAAUCUUCACAUCCCUCCGUUCCGUUAUCUUCAUCUUCUUGGAUAUCCAACUGAUCCGCAAGACAUGAAGUUCUCAGGAAGAUUAGGCAACUUCAACGUCAUUUGCCAGAACAUGUUGGAGAAGUUUGAAUUUACCGAUACGACAGUAUUCCUGCCACCAAACCUGAAACCAGAAAGCGUGGAAAGACCGGACCUAAACGAAUCUGUUUUGUUGUUAAAUGAACUGGGGACAGACGUCUUGGUGAAGGCAGUACAAUAUGUGAAGGAUAAUGUGAGGAAAGAUGUAAUGAUUUUGUGUCCAGACGAUGAGCUUGAAGAAGAAGUUGUAAAUAUAGUGUCUAUCAAAUACAAGAAGAAACGGAAACAGGAACAGGAGUCAGCGGAAGUUGUGCUCAAGGACGUACCAGUUGUCUACCAAUUGGAGAAAACAGUGCAAAACGUGGAGCCAAAAAGCGAUGAAGAGGUAAUUAAUAUUACGUUAUAAAUAUUAAUUUAAUAUCAAGUUAUAGCUAAAUACAAGAGAUGAAUUUUGCAUUUUUUACCAAAGUGAUCAAAUUUUUUUUAGUUUCAUAGUCAAUGUGAGCUACCAACAUCGCAACCACAAUCGCCAGUCAUCAGGAAAUCAACACCAGCUAUUAACCUGAAACGAAGAUUCUUGCUAUCAAAACCUUCUGUUCAAGGAACCGUGAAAGAUAAUACAACGAUCAAACCGGAGAUGGCAAAGCCAGAACCUGUUAAAGCAGAGACUUCAAUUACUGAAAAGGUGGUUCUCAAAACAGAAGCUGAAGAAACUCUUGAAGAUUACGAGAUCGAAGGUCGGGUUCUAGCAGACGGGAAUAUAAAUUUGCCGAAUGUUGACAUUGAAGAAGAAAAAGUGAAACUGAUGUUUAAUCAAGUUUUACAUGUGCAUCCAUUGCUUUUGGCAGCAAGAUUCAAACUGGAGUACGUGAAAAACAACGGAGAAAUCUUCAAAGUGUACCAAGGUCACUACAACAUGUUCCGCUCAGUUAGUGACUACUUCAAUGUCCCGACCGAAGCCCUAAAGGACGAUCAAAAGCUAGGCGAGUCUGUGAUUGAAGCUCUUCGUAGAUUUUCGGACUUCGGCUUAAAAGAACUUGGGAACAGGUUCAAAAACGAAAUUCGGACCUAUGAACAUCUGAUGACUCUUUGGGAAGCACCUGAUGCCUUUGCCGGUGUAAUUCUCAAUGUCGAGUUUAUACGACUUUUUGGUCAUGGAAUUUCAAUGUCAGUCCCGCAACGAGAAGAAAAAGAAAGGAGGAUAAGAGAACGGGAUGAACAGAAACUGAGAGAAACACUUCGAAAAAUGAGACCUGGACCACUUCCAACCAAAAGCUUUGAAAAUAAUAAAGGAAAAAGCUCGGAGGAAAAAGCAACAAUCAAAGGUUGCGACACAGAAUGCAUGAAGACAAAGGUUGAAGACACGCAAAAAGGUAAACUUGAAGAACACAAAGAAGAAAAGAGACCAAAGCUGGAAGAACACGUUUCAAACACAAAACUGCCAGAAAGAACGAUAAAGAAGCCUGAAGUACAGGAAAAUAACCACAUCCAAAGGUUUGAUACCCACGCCGCGGUGAUUCGGAUGUGUUCGGUAGUAACAGACAUUGAGAUGGGAAUUUCCUUCAAAAUUUAUUGUAAUCGUUCGCCUAUUAAAGGUGUUGUCCUCAAACUCUUACGGGUGUUUAACCCAAUACGAGCGGAUCAACUAGUACUAACCAAGGACGAUUCUACAUUGGGAAACGCCUUGAAGCUGGCUGUAUGUUCGAUGGCGAAGGAAAGGAUCGAACAUAUUGGUAGAGCUUUCAAAUUGGAGUUUCAUGCCGUUGAAAUACCAAAUAUGACGUCUACUCACUACGCAAAAAUCAAUAGCUUGACGGAUAAAGAAGCUGGAGAACACUUUUUCAAUUUUAUACUGCCAGAUCUAAAGUUUCCAGAGCGCUAUGAAACCAUUAAUACCUCAGUAAGUAAUUGUUCUGUAUAUCAAAAUGUUUUAACUUGUUGAUAAUCUCAUGAGGUAUAUAACAUUAUCAUCUUUUUUCAGCCACUUCAAACAGCUAAACCUUCCACUAGUCAACCUCAAAGGACGAGUAAAACUGCUGAUCAGGCAGACUCAAAACAAUGUAUGGUAAUGUAA